AUGAUAAUACUGUUGGAUCAGGGUCAAUUCCAGGGUCCGGAGAAGGCACUGAAGUACAAAUGGACUCCAUUUGAGUUCCUAGCAGAUGGUGAGGAGCUCUAUAAGAAAAUGAAUGGACUCAAAAAUCCGGUGCUAUUCCUGGGGCCCAAUGAGUCCGAGUUCGGGUCCAUCUCUUGGAGACUCGACAUCAUUCCCAAAGGAAAUUUACAAAUUGACGGAAAAGUGUGUCAUCUCGUAGUGCCAGAGGGCGCCCGUAUCCAUGCCAUUGAGGAAUGGGCGGACGGGUGGGCCGAAAUCGAAGCCAGGCAUAUAUAUGAACGCCUAUACGAGUCGAAUGUCGAGAUGAAUGACAACAGUUAUCUUAAUCCCACGAAUGGGUUUGUAGUCCCGGAGCCGGGUAUGAUGAACAAAAUCCUUGGUAUCCUUGGUAAAGUCAAUAUCAAGUUUUUCACCCUCAAUAUGAUUACCAUAAGAGUGCAAAGGAUAAGGAGCCCCUACCCGUUAUUUACAACAACUGUCACCAAGUCUUGUGGUGGAGAAGUAGUACCGAAGUCGACAACAAUGGGAACGACGACUAGAGACGUCCGCCCAUAUAUGCCCCCCGAUUGGCCGCACAUACAGCCCAAUAUGGCCGUACAAAAGAAGUAUUACCGCAAACGAGAGCCCGGAUUCAUGUCCAACGAUGUGAUUGAGGAGAAGUUUGACACCGACCACAAGUUACAAAUGCUACCCGAAAACUAUAUCUACAAAUACCAGACCGUUGCCGACCACUGGGACAAAGACUAUUACCGACGGGGAGACCUCCACGAGAAUUACAUCAAUUGCUUCGAUAGGAAACCGUUUGGCGAAGACGGCGGAGAAGAGGACGGAGUGUCCGGUUAUAUGGGAAUCGACGGACGCUUUUACAAGAAAAAUGAUGACUGGGAACGAAGAGUGGGAGUGAUUGGGUCCUUGUAUUAUGUGGCGGACCCCCAGUAUGCGGGACCAGAAGCCCCACCGCCUCCACCCCCUCUCCCACGUAUUCGAAGAGGACCCUCAAGACAACCCUCAGAGCGUAUCAACAGUCAGCACAACAGUCGGGGCCAAAGAGGCACAAGACUUAAAAAGCUAACGGUGCUGUUCACACCACUUGACGGUUGGGGACACAUCAACGCCUGUCACGGGUUGGCCGAGGAGUUGAAACGGAGAGGACAUCGGGUGGUGUUUGCCGUCGAUAAGGCCUUUGAGGGAAAACUACUACCCUUUGGGUUCGAGGAGUGUAUACAUGGCUUGAAAGUGGACGGGGAGGCCGAGGAGUAUUGGCCAGAGUUUGUCAAGAAGAACGGCCAGUGUUUCAAAGAAGAGCCCAUUGUUAUUGUCGAGAAGUUCUUAGUGAACGCUAUGACCAAAAUGUUUGCCGAUAAUAAGGAACGGGAGGCACAGUAUAAGGAGAUCAUCGACAAAGUAAACCCCGAUUUGAUUGUGACGGAUAACUAUGUAAAUAUGCCGACGAUUACUAAUUGUGGAAUACCUUGGGUAUGGUUGUUCUCGGCGGCCGUACACUUUGCACUCAAUGAUGACAAUAGGAUACCACCGCCGUGGGCUGGCCUACCCCUACAUGACCGCAAAGAUUGGGCUAAAUUCCGGGAACGGCGUCAAAAACUAUACUAUAAUUUACACAAACAAAUCAAUGAAUACACCGUAGAAAAGGGAGCACCAAAACUAGUGGAGGGGCGCCUACACCCUCUCAGCCCGUACCUCAACAUCUAUUUCUGGCCCAAAGAGUUUGAAUACUCGGAACUGCAACCGAUGUCCGACAACUGGGUUCGGGUCGAGAGCUUCAUCCGCACGACAAACGACACGUUUGACAUACCGGCCCAACUCCAGGCCCACCGGCCGGCCGACAGUAAACUCAUAUUCGUGUCGAUGGGUUCGUUCGGGUGCGCGAACGUCGAGCUCAUGACUCGGUUGACACAAAUAUUAGGCAAAUCGCGGCACCGGUUCAUCGUCUCAAAGGGGCCGGCGUUUGAGUCGCACCAAUUGCCGCCCAAUAUGUGGGGCCAGAGGUUUCUGCCCCAGACGGCUAUCCUUCCCAAAGUCGAUUUGGUUGUAUCGCACGGCGGGACGACUGUCACCGAGAGUUACUAUUUCGGGAAGCCGUGUCUUGUGUUACCACUGUUUGGCGAUCAGUUAGAUGUGGCCCAGAGGGUGGUCGAGACGGGACUGGGAUUAAGACUUAAUCCCUUCCACUGUACGGAAGAGGAGUUGUUGACAGCCGUGGAUGCGAUGGCCAAAGACGAGGCACUGGCCCUAAGAGUGGCUGAUAUGGGGAAAAGGAUGCGAGAAAGCAGUGAUAAGAAGGUUGUGUCCGAUUUGGUGGAAAAGAUUGCCAAUAAUAAAUACAUACGCCUUCAACCGGUGAGAUACUAUUGGAGACCAAGUUAUUGCCAAAACGCACUGUAUAUUAACUGGUUGUUAACUGAGGGCAUUACUCGACUACUCGAGUAUGACCAGCCUUAUCUACGCCUGGUGUCGGGACCCCUAUGUAACACGGUGGUCGAGGGGAAGAUCCAGUUCCACACAUCGAUAUUCGGUGAUAAGGCCCCCAAUUAUCAGCUUAAGUAUAUCGGUAUCAAAAGGGACAGUCCGUUUGUCUUCGCCGCCGACUAUCGGAGUCGAGUGAAAGCCAUUAGAAAUCCGGUGCUAUUCCUGGGGCCCAAUGAGUCCGAGUACGGGUCCAUUGCGUGGGAUCUGCGGAUAGAAAUGAUUGAACGAAAGCAUAAUCAUCGCACCUGUACUCUGAUUAUGCCAGAGGGCGGUCGCAUCCUCGCCAUCGAGGACUGGGACGCAGGUAUCGACGAAUUGAAGGUCCGGCACCGGUAUGAGCGCCUACACGAGUCCAACACCAGUAUGGAGAGACACAACUUUCACAUCAAUCACGACAAAGAGUUCGUGAGACCCGACACCGACGAUAUGAUGUACAAGAUAUUAGGUGUAGUGCACCGGGAGAUCGACAUCGAUAUCCAUAGAAGUAACCGUGCGUUUAAUCGGAGACAAGUAGGGAUGGACAGACUUCCUAUUCUAUACAAAUCUCGGGUAAGCCAUUGGACACCAACUAAUCCCAACCACACCCGACCCCCAAUGCCUCCCGAGUUUCCACUCAUUCAAUACGAAACUAAUGGUGUGAUCAGUUACGUCAAACACAAAGGGAUAAUUGAAUACUAUUGCAUCAAAAUGAACACAAAUGAAAAGGGGCGUGUGGUUGACGAUUGCUUGACUCGUAUAAAUGAGCAGGGACAGGACAAUGCAGUCACAAAACUGCUCAAUCAGUUUGAGUGCGACGGCAGCAAUGGUUAUGUGGGUAUUGAUGGUUGGGUUUACCACAAGAGACAUGACUUUCCGUCGAUCGGAAAGAUUGAGUCGUAUUAUUACACCCCUUAUCAACCAAACAAUUGA